AUGAUUCUCAGAGUGGCGUUGGUUGCUGGUUUAACAAUAGCUCUGGUCCUCUUCAUACUCUCGCUUUCCAUUAGCGGAUGGCCUUGCGGUGGCCUCUUUGAGCAGUGUCAGGACCCGAGUUUGGUUACUCCAAGUCUCAUCUACGACUACCACGUGGUCGGUGGGCUGCUCGUGGUGGCCGCCCUCGCGUCGUUCGUUAGCCUGGUGCUGGCGAUGUGUGCGCUCCGCAGAAAGCGCUUCCGGAACCUCCUGGUGUCGGCAGUCUGGUGCUUUGUUGCCUUCACAAUGAGCUUCACAGCAGAGAUCUACUUCCACACAAAGUCCUACAAUGACUGGUCGGCGUUUAUUGCGACAAUUGCCAUGGUCCUGAGCUUCUCGUGCUGCGUCAUCAAAGUGGCCCGAAUGUGUACAUUGAAGUCAAGUCCGGUGAACGUUUUUACUCCGAUGGAACCGUGA